AUGCUGCUGUCGCCUACUACAGUAGAAGCCCGAGAUGCCUACUUACAACUGGAGCACAAAUUUGCUGCGGCGCUUUUGAGUUGGGCUUCAGAAAAGGUUGCUUUGACUGAGUCCUUGCACCGUUGCCAAGUGGAUAAGUCUGAACUAGCGGCGACAUGUGAAAUUUUACAAAAGAAUGGUUUGACUAAGGAGAGACUGGACAUUAUAAAGCUGCAAGUCGCAAAUGAUUUUGAACAGAAAUCACGAGAUCAUCUUCAGCGCACACAACUUGAGACAGAAGCUUUGAAAGCCCAAUUAUAUCAGCUACAAACAGAGCUUGCAAAACUUCAAACAGAGAAUGAACAAUUGCGCAUCCGAUGCAAAUGCGAGAAGGAUAAAGAGAAUCUCAUCGUUCAAGCUGAGAAAAAGAGUUUGUGUAAGUCACACGAAGAGGUUAUCAACCGACUCUCGGCGAUGUUGAACUCGGAUACCGAAAGCAUGGCAGGACUUUACCAAGAGAAUAUGCAGAUACGGGCUAAGUGUGGUCUAUUGGUGGAAGAAAUAUCAAAGACCAAAGCCCAGUCGGAGAACCAAACAAAUGAGCUCAGAAGGGAUUUGAUUGAAGUGGUUGAACAGCUUUCAAAGGCCAAAUCAGACAAUGGAGUGCUCUUGGUCAAACAACAGACCCUAUCUGAACAGGUGCGAAUUCUACGACAAAGUGUCCAACGUUCGCAGACAGAGUUAACCGCCGCUCGGCAGAAGGUACUCAGUAGUGAAAAUGCUCGACUAAAUAUGGAGAAGCAGUUAGAGGCCAUUGUACAGCGUUCGCGUAUUGAGCUGGCCGACCUACGCAUGGAAGCCCAACGACAGAGAGUCGACAUCGAGAGGCAGCGUGACGAAUUAGCAUUCCAAGUUCAGGAAUUGACAAAUCAGGCAGCGCUCGCAUUUGCUAGAUUUGAACAAGUUGAGGAAGUCUAUUUGCAGCGUGAAAGGUCGGCCGCUGAACGAGAGAAGGAAGUAAAGCAGCUGUUUGAUUCGUCAGCUCAUGAAAUAGAGGAACGAAUGGCAGAACUUGCCCACCGACUUAGCUGUGCCCAAAAUGAACUGGUUCAACUGUCAAUACGUAACAAAACAACUGAGAAUGCUCUUGCUGAGAGUGAUAAAACCCGCGGAGAACUAACAAGGGAAGUGGAACAGCUGAAGGAAUACAAUACCAAGCUUACUGCCGAAUUGCGGAACUGUCAACUAGAGCUGGAAAUCCGAGGAAAGGAGAUCAGCAACCUGGAAUCGACUUUGCAGGAGUUUUCGCGUCAGCAUGUCGAAGAACCUGAAAGGGAUGAGGAUAUGAAACCCUCAAAGUUAUAUGACACUUCUCAUGAUAGCCAACUAAACAGUAUUCGCGAGGCAUACAGUCGCGUUUUGGAGGAGGGUAAAAAACAAAAAGCAGCUCUUACCGAGAAACUACAUAUCCUUGAUACAAAAGUCGAGGACCAACAGACGGAACUGGAAAGGUUGCGAUUGGAAAAUAUGAAACUGAGAAAUCGUGUCCCACAGACAGACUAUCUCAAACUGAAGGCACAGCUCAUCGAUCUCCACAGACGAAGCGAAGAGUAUGGCCUACUGCUAAAGCAGUCCCAGGACGUGUUUCUGGCUAGAAAGUCCGGUACGAAGAAAGCCGGGGACGGAUGA